AUGAGCUUCACUCAUUCUGCCCAGACUGUGCAACCUCGUGGAAACAAUUUCUUCAACGUUGCUAUGCUCAGUCGCUUCCUUUUCCACCUCACCAGCGCCGGUCGCAUUCAUUUCAAUCUCACCUUCUCUAUUUACUUUCCUCAUUCAUUCAAAUCAGUUACUUUUUCCGUCAUUAUCUUCAAUCAUUUCGCUCGUUCUCGUCGGACUUGUCGCUGCUCGACCGGUCCCUCAACCUUUGGCCAAAAGGGCCUUUUCGGAGCAGCAGUACUCGGCUUUCCAAUAUCAGAUGGAAAGGCCGGGAGUGCCCAGGCCGAGGCUAACAAAGUGUUUGUUGAUCCGUUCAAGGGCCGUGACCUUGCGACCGUCACAUCUGCCGAGCUCAAAGCUGUUCAGACUAUGCGCGAAGCAGCCGAGGCGGCCGAAGUUGACAAGUUCAAUAAGCAGAUCACUGCUACUUCCGGAGAUGCCGCGACCGCGCUUCAAAAUGGAAAGAUUAAAAACAAAGUGUUGAAGCUGACUGGCGAAGUACAGGCAAUCCAGAUCAAGGUGUGUUCCUUAAUCUCUCGAUCAAUAGGACGUGCGACUGAUUGGAAACGACAAGAUUGCACAAGGCAAGCUGCUGGAAAAGAUACCUCGAGCGACGAGGCCAAGUUAAAGGAGGAACAGACCAAAUUGACCAAGAAUAUUGCUACGGAUGUGAAGAAUAAGGGACAGGCUAGCAAGGGCGUUGCGUAA